CACCACCUUCUUCUGGAUUUAAAUGUUACGAUAGUGAAGGUUCAAAUAAAUUAAAAUUAGUUGAUUGUUCAUUAUUUAAAGAAAAUCCAAAAAAAAACACCAAAAGACAAGUUGGGAAUAAUGAAAUGUUUAUAACUGAAAUUGAUUGUCAAAGUCCAAAGGCAGGUUUUUGCGACAAAGCUAAAGCGGCUUUGGAGACUGCAGGAAAAAUUAUUAGUGAUGUUAUAAAAUUCACUGAACCAAUAAUUACAAAAACUACUUUUAAACCAUUAGGUUCAGGAUGUCCAUCCAGAUUUAUUGGGUUGAAAGGUGGAGAUGGAGUAGUUAGACUGUAUCCACAGUCAUUAGUGAAACAAUUCGGACUUGCAACACAUCCGGAAUUUUUACCUGCUGACAUAACACUAACUUUUAGUUCUGAUUAUGAUUUUUGGUUUGAGGAUGAUGUAACACCAAUCGCAAGGACUCAAAUGGAUUUUUUAUCAGUGGUGUUACACGAACUAAUACACGGGAUGGGAUUUGUAUCAUUAUGGCAAUCUUAUUCACCCGAUGGAACAACAGGAUUGACACCAUACAUCCAUAGAAUACCUUCAGAUGGUACUUUUACUCCAUUUCCUCCUCUUUCAACAUCUGAUAAUGCAAUAACAUUUAAUGGAUUUAUUGAGAGCAUAUUUGAUAGAUUUAUAAUAUCGCUACCAAGCGGUACGCCGUUAUCCAGUUUCACAAGUGAAUUAAAUAAAUUUGCACCAAUAGGCGCACAAUUCGCAUCGAUGGAUGAUUUUCUAACCAGUUUUAAAGCAUCUGCUCAGUAUGAAAUUGCAGCUGAUAUGUUAGAAACAAGCACAACAGCUUUAUCAUUAGGUUUCUUAGCAAAAGGUAUUGAUUAUCAAGCAAGUUCAACAAAUGACGUGCCCGAUGAUCGAUUGUUGUACUUGGAAACCAAUAUACAACCUUAUAGUCAAUCAUCAAGUAUCAGUCACGCGAGUCAAGACUUGUAUGCAGAAACCAGGGAAUUUUUAAUGACUUUUGCACAAUUUACAGGUAGAACAUUAGAAGAUGCAAUCAAUAAUACCGGAGGUUAUGUUGGAGGAGCAAUUGGACCUAAACUUAAAUCUAUUUUAGAAUCAAUGGGCUAUAUGACUGUAGAUAAUCUAGCUCCAGAAAUUCCAACUUUGCCUGAUUUACCAAUAGUCUUAAAAUAA